UGUUGCAAGAGUCAGUACAAGUCUCCGACUCUCCAACAUUCACUGCUGGAAACACACUCAAGUAACAGAAUGGGACUCGCACAAUGGAGCUGAGAACAUCGCGGAUAACCUGCUGAAAGACUUAUCAGUACAGAACACACCGUGCAGUCUUAUCCGUAUGUGAUAAGAGUGUUCCAGCAACCGGCGGAAAGUACGGAAAGUGUUGCCCACUAACUGCUCUUCAGACGUUGAGCUGCAGUGCAUCCAAAGUUGACCAUGCCUCCAACAACCCCAUAUGCGGGAAAGUUCAGCACUUGCGGACUUUACAGCAGCAACAACAACAACUACCAGCAGUCACACAGCCCAUACCGCCACUGCAGCUCAGUAAAGACCACCAAGGAAAGCGUCUAUAAUGGCGCGUAUUCUUCGGCAGAGAAUCCUUACGACAUACCACAUGCUCACAGUGUAUAUUAUGGUGUACCUGUUGAGUCAGUUAGCACUAAAGAGCGUCAUUACAGCAGCAGGAGCGCUGUUUCGGACAAGCAGUACAGCACGCAGCCUCAAAGCCCGCGACAACACAGCACUACCUGUCCUGCACGAGUGCACCGCCAAACCAGCAGUGGAAGCGAGCAGUCCUGCCGAAGCAACUCCGCAGCCAAAAACCGGCUGUACGGGCACGGCGUCACUGCCAGCUAUGGAGAAAUGUGCUACCACGACAACAGUUUGGUUUCAGCAUCUCUCGAGGCACUGAUCCAACACUUAGUCCCAACCUUGGACUACUACCCCGAUAGGUCGUAUGUUUUCACCUUCCUGCUGAGCUCACGCCUCUUCCUGCACCCCUACGAGCUCAUGACGCGGGUUUGUCACCUGUGUGUGGAGCAGCAGCGAUCUGGAGACACCCUGCUGGAUAAAAUCCGUUUCCGCGAAGUGGCGCCAAAGUUGGUGCAGCUGCUGACGGAGUGGACCGAGACCUUCCCGUAUGACUUUAGGGACGAGCGGAUGAUGCGUUGCCUCAAGGACAUGACCCACCAUGUGGCCAGAGGGGAUGAAUACUCAUGGCGUGCCAUGCAACAGAUGACCCAGCGCUUGAUAAAGCGCUUGUCUGCCCUCGGCCAAUACGAGGAGGCAAUAGCUGCGUUGAGCGCUGUGGUGACCGAGCGUCCCCCAUCCCUGAAGAGCAAAAGGGAGUCGGCGCCAAGAAGUGAUGUGCUGAGCGUGUGCGAUGACCCUUUUAUCCUUGCUCAACAGCUGACACACAUUGAACUGGACAGGCUGAGUUUUAUUGGACCAGAAGAGUUUAUCCAGACCUUCGCCUUGAAGGACCCUCUGGAGAAUCACAAGGGUUUCUUCCGAAAACGCAAGACCACUAACUUGGAGGCGUACGUGAACUGGUUCAACAGACUUAGUUACCUUGUGGCCACUGAAAUCUGUAUGCCGGUGAAGAAGAAGCACAGAGCGCGGAUCAUCGAAUUCUUCAUCGAUGUAGCUCAGGAGUGUUUCAACAUUGGCAACUUUAACUCCCUAAUGGCCAUCAUCACUGGGAUGAACAUGAGUCCUGUUGCCAGACUGAAAAAGACUUGGAGUAAAGUCAACACUGACAAGUUUGAAAUUCUCGAGCAUCAGAUGGAUCCGUCCAGUAACUUUAGCAAUUAUCGCACUGCACUGCGCGGCGCCACCCAGAGGUCAGAGACUGCACACAGCGUCCAGGAGAAGAUAGUGAUUCCUUUCUUCAGCCUGCUCAUCAAAGACAUUUACUUCCUGAAUGAAGGCUGUGCCAGCAGGCUGCCUAAUGGGCACAUCAACUUUGAGAAACUUUGGGAGCUGGCAAAGCAGGUUAGCGAGUUCCUAGUGUGGCGUCAGGUGAUAUGCCCGUUCGACAGGGAUCGCAGAAUCCUGCAGUAUCUGGUCACCACGCCGAUCUUCGCCGAAGACGAGUUGCAUCUAACCUCUUAUGAGAGUGAAGGGCCCGAGAACAAUAUGGAAAAAGACAGUCGUCGAUCUCUCCGAUCCUCCCUGUUGCAUCGCGAGAAUCGAUCAUGAGGACAAUCUCUUCCAUUUUGCAGGGUGUAAAUAAACAUGUCAAAUAGCAUGUUAAACUACAUGACCAUACAUAUGCUAUAUAGUACAAAGAGCUGUCUGCAUUUUCUCAGAUAAGCAAUUUAGUGUAAAGACUUGAACUCAUUCGGUUCUAUUGAUGGGGAUAGACAUUAAAUCCUUAUAAACUAAGAGGACUGACAGUGAUCAUUCACUGUCAAUGAGGUAAUAACUGCAAAAUGAUCAUAGGUAUACUGUUUGUGAUUUGAGCCCUCCUAUGCUGAAGGAUUCUAGCUGCUGCAUGAUUUCAUGACCUUGUCAUUUUUUUGACUGGAUCAUCACUUUUGUCUGAAGCACUUACUGCUGGGACUGACUUGGAAACUUUGGGCGGACUUGGUGUAUUCCUGCCAGUGUGGAAAGAAAUGUGUCCAGCAAUCACUUAUGAUAACACUCCCACCUUGUAUAUAUGUAUUGUGAAAGCAGAGACACUCAAGGACCAAAGUGUUUUAUUGCAACACAAUGGAUAGAGGCCAGGAAGCAGAUAUUCUGCCUUUUUGUCUUGUUGAGAGCUUCAUUUACAAUGACAGCAAUGAUAUAUAUUACUCCGACAUGAACUCCUUUGUGGCAUUUUUGUGAACCCUUUGUGUAAUGUCAUACAAGCUAAACAAUGCACUUCAUCUGUUUGUUUUCUAACUGGACUUUAUGCCUACAGUAUUAACUUGUAUUUUGUAUCAAAAAGUGUAAGAAUGAAUGUUUAUUUCUUUAUGUAGUCACCAUGCUGGUUUGUAAAGCGUUGACAGAAGUGUGUUUGCGCGUUAAUGGAGUACAGCUUUAACGUAAAUAGGAAAUGUCAUCCUCCAUGGCUCUUUUUACAAUGAGGAGACAUCUGGAUCAAUUUGAUUGUAUAGAAUAAACUCAUUGUAUGUUGUAAAUGUUUUAUAAAAAUGUUUUUUUCUGUACGUGUGCUUUGCUGAAACCUUCCUGUGUAUUACGUGUUUACAUUUACUAAACAUUUGUGAAAAGACAGCUAUAUACGUCUAUUUUUUCUUGCAAAUAAACAAAAAAAA